AUGGAGAGCCAGCGCCCAUCCUCCUACAGCCGCCGCUUCGGCCCCGCCACCCCCAUGCACCGGGCCCCCGCCAGCCCCCCAGCCCGGAGCCACCGGGGACUCCGUGGCACUCACCCGGCCGCCCGACUGGGCUCGGGCAGGAUGGACUUCUCGCUGGCCACGGCGCUCAACUUGGAGUUCCGGGAGACGCGCACCAGCGAGAGGGUGGAGAUGAUGGAGCUCAACGACCGCUUCGCCAGCUACAUCGAGAAGGUGCGGCUGCUGGAGCAGCAGAACAAGGUGCUGGUGCUGGAGCUGAACCAGGCGCGGGACCAGGAGCCCUCCCGCCUGGGGGACGUUUACCAGGAGCAGCUGCGGGAGCUGCGGCUCCACGUGGAGCAGUUGGGCACCGCCAAGGCCCGGCUGGAGAUCGAGAGGGACAACCUGGCCCAGGACCUCAGCAGCCUCCAGCAGAAGCUGCAGGACGAAGUGACCCUGCGGCUGGAGGCUGAGAGCAACCUGGCUGCCUACAGGCAGGAUGUGGACAACAGCACCUUGGCUCGCUUGGACCUGGAGCGGCGGGGGACCCUGCAGGAUGAGAUCGCCUUCCUGCGCAAGGUCCACGAGGAGGAGCUGCGGGAGCUGCAGGAGCAGCUGUCCCGGCAGCGGGUGCACGUGGAGGUGGACGCCAGCAAACCAGACCUGACGGCCGCCCUGCGCGACAUCCGCAGCCAGUACGAGGCCGUGGCCGCCAGCAACGCCCAGGAGACAGAGCAGUGGUACAAGUCCAAGUUCGCAGACCUGACGGACGCGGCCGCCCGGCAAACCGAGGCCCUGCGCGCGGCCAAGCAGGAGGCCAACGAGUACCGGCGCCAGCUGCAGGCCCUCACCUGCGACCUGGAGGCUCUGAGGGGCUCGAACGAGUCCCUGGAGAGGCAGCUGCGGGAGCUGGAGGAGCGCUACACCCUGGAGACGGCCGGCUACCAGGACACAGUGGCACGGCUGGAGGAGGACAUCCAGAGCCUCAAGGAGGAGAUGGCCCGACACCUGCAGGACUACCAGGACCUGCUCAAUGUCAAGCUGGCCCUGGACAUGGAGAUCGCCACGUACCGCAAGCUGCUGGAGGGCGAGGAGAGCAGGAUCACCAUCCCCGUGCAGAACUUCUCCAACCUGCAGGUCGAGGAGGAAAACUUGGACACCAAAUCUGUGUCAGAAACCCACGUGAAGAGGAGGAUCGUGGUCAAAACUGUGGAGACUCGAGAUGGAGAGGUGCUCAAGGAGUCCAAGCAGGAGCACAAGGAGGGGCCGUAG